AUGGGAAAUGGUAGGGCACCACUCUUCGUUCUGGUUCAGGGCUGUUCAUGUGCUGGUAAAACAACUUUCACUACACUUCUGAAGAAGAGUCUCCUUGGAUUCCGAAUUGCCUCGAUCUCCCUCGACUGCUACUACAAGGAGGAGAACUUCGCCUACUGUGAAGCAGGAGACUACGACUUCGACAAUCCAGCGGCAUUCGACUGGAACAGUCUCAGAAAGACACUCGAUGGAUACGUCAACUGCGAUGACGUCAUCAGGAUGUUCAACUACGACUACAACACCCUUCAGGUCGAUGAAUACACCGUGGUAAACAGUAGGCCUGAACUGGUCGUAGUAGAGGGCCUCUACUCGUUCAACCUCUUCAAUAGGCGCAUAUUUAAUACUGAUCUGAUGGACGUGUACAGGAAGCCAGCUGAUAACGUGACUGAGCUGGUUCCAAAUGGCGACUGCUACUGGCAGCUUGAGACUGUUCGGAUUCUGCUGGUGAUUGAGGAGAGGAAGAUGAGGGAGGUGAGGAUGAGACGAGACCAGGAGUCACGGUCACGGGGGUGUGACGAGCUGACUGAGAAGAAGGUGGAUUUGGUCUGGCCAGCAGCCCAGAAAUGGAUCUACACGGAUGAAAACAGGGCUGACGUGACUGUCCUAGGCGGAUCGUACAACGAGAGUGCGACCAGAAGUGCAAUUGACGUCAUUCGUGGCAAAAUGAUCAAUUAA